GGAAGGCCAGCGAGGUUGUUCUCGGCGACUGGCUUUAGAGCAGGCCAGCUCAGCUGCACCCGUCAUCGCUCUUAGGGAGGACGGGGAGGACCUCUGCCCAAGCCAGGAGGACGAGGGCACACUUGCUCAUUGACAGGGAUUGUUUUGUAGUCCAGUAGAGUAGGGUAGAGUUGGACUGAAGUAGCGAGAGAUCCCUGAGGUGCGGAUAGAAGGCUGGCUGGCUUUGCUUACAUAGUUACUGGCUCCGCUACCACAGUCUUGAGGUCGCAAGAAAGGGAAGGAGGACAAGAAACAAGAAGGAUCCCUCCCUCCCUCCCUUCCUCUCCUCCCGGUCGCUCUUACCAUCGAACAGUGCUCGGCCUCCGAAUGGUCCUCCGCCUCUUCUGCUUAUUCUUCUUGUUCCUCUCGGUUGUUGGCUCUCCUUUUGGUCGCUCUCAUCACAAUUGGUGACUCAAUCCUGGGGUGGAACAGGCAUCGGGUGCCAUCCUCCUCCUCCUCUCAUCGUUAUCCACCUCUCUCGCGUCUUCUCCUAGUUCCAGUGUGUGUGAGACUCUCCGGGUCUUGUCGUCAUUAUCAUCCGCGUCCUCUUCGUCCUCGUCGUCAACUUUUCUUGGGUGUGGAGAUAAAAAGGCAGACCAUAACAAACCAAAUUAAUAUUCAUUGUCCUUACGGUGAGCGGUUUAGUGAGUGAACCAGUGAGAGGGUCGAACUCUAUUCAACCCGCUUGACAAAGAGUGGGCCUUUCUGUUUGUUCUCCACCAUCUUAUGACCUGGCUUCGAUGACCAUACAGAGACCAGCCAUGGGGGAACAGCCUAUUUUCACUUGCAAGGCCCAUGUGUUCCACAUUGACCCAAAGACCAAACGUUCCUGGAUCUCGGCCUCCUCAUCAGCUGUCAAUGUGUCUUUCUUCUACGAUUCGUCACGAGGACUCUAUAGAAUAAUAUCGGUGGAGGGAACGAAGGCCGUCAUAAAUUCUACAAUCACGCCGAACAUGACAUUCACGAAAACAUCACAGAAAUUUGGACAAUGGUCCGACGUACGUGCCAACACCGUCUACGGAUUGGGAUUCUCUUCGGAGUCGGAACUCAAUAAGUUCAUUGAAAAGUUCAAUGAGGUCAAAGAAGCCACACGGAACACUCCCGUGGCCUCGGCCGCCUCCGCUCCGGGUGUGCCCAAACCCAAUGGAACCACUCCGACCUCCGUGAAUUCCAGUUCAGCCAAUGCAUCGCCUAUCGUCAGUCGGAACAAGGGCGACUACGCCACGGACAACCAAGCCGGACCCCCCGGUCCCACCGACAUGCUGACCAAUCAGAACGAGAUCCAAAAUUCCAAUAUUCUCAAAACGCAAAUCAGCGCACCCAAUGUUCACGGGCGGAGCCCAAGUUUGUCAGGCAUGCAACCGGGUCAUGAUAGUCCCAAGAAGAGUGUCAUGGACAAAGCUCAAGCCCCCAAUCCACCCUUAUCUGGGGAGGCCCAACUGAAAUAUGAAAACGAUCGCCUCAAGUUGGCCUUGGCUCAAAGCUCGGCUAAUGCCAAGAAAUGGGAAGUAGAAUUAUCCACUUUGAAGAACAACAAUGCGCGGUUAACCUCGGCUCUCCAAGAAUCCACAGCCAACGUUGAAGAGUGGAAACGCCAACUUCAUUCUUACAAAGAAGAGAACACAAGACUCAAAGUGGGACUAAUCGAGCUGGAGGCCGGUCGAGGAAAUUGUGAUUUUAAUGUUAUGGGAGAGCUCCGCAACCUGAAAUCCCGCAUUGAUGAAUUGGAAGGUGAUCUCCGGGACCGCGACGAAGAGGUCAAGGUUCUCAAAGACCAAAGCAUGAUGCAGGGUCAAAAUCAGACCAACGGAGGCGGUGGAGGUAGUGAGGAUGGCGAAACGAUUAAGGCUCUUCAAAUGGAGAACGACAAUUUGAAGAAGACACUCGACAAGAUACAAUCUCAAUUGGACACCUCGUUGGAUGCCCAAGAGCAGCAACGGAAGGUGCUCGAUGCGAUCAAUCGUCAAUUUGGAGAUCAUUUGCAUUCCUUAGGAGAACUUCACAAUGAGUUGACUGCUGUUCUCAACACCUAAACUCCAAGCGCUUGAAUCUCGGAAGGAACCCAAUGAGUUCUAUCUUUCUCUCAAUACCAGUAACAGUGUCAAUUACCAUUUCCCCCUCCUCUUCCCUAGUAGUGAAUCUCGUCUCGCAUCCCCCAAUCCCGAGCCCAACUUUUUUUUCCAAUAUGUUUCUUGGAAAGUCAUUCUGUCAUCAUAUCUGAACGAGAAGCGAAAGAAACCAACCCUAUUUUGUUACAUGCCAGAAAGUUAGAUGAAAAUUUGGUCGCCAAACAGCAAACGUCGAGUCUCAAAUAUUGUUAAUAACAAUAAACAUGCGAAUAAUCUUGUCUUGUCUUGCGAGCACUAGUAUGCUUCCAAUUUGUGGCUCUUCAAACCAUGGAACAAUUUCAUUUCCAUAAUAAUAGUUAAAUAAAACGCUAAUGUUCGAAACACUCA